CAGUAGCAGCUCGGCUCCGGCUUCUAUUCCCGGAGACACCGCCUCCAUUUUACCCCCGACACCCAGAGCAGCAGCACCAACGCCCGGCGGAGGGACACGAACCUAACUACCGACCCGGCGGAGGGACUCGUUCUGCGGCAAACCGAACUGCUCGUGCGCGAGGCUCCAGUUCUCCCGGGCCUGAAUCCCGUUGAUGGCGCUGCUGCGGCAGCACGGAGGAUUUGUGAGGAUUUAACGGUUUCUGCGGGGAAAACAGCUCGGUUUACCGGCAGGACGAAGAGGAGGAGGUGGUCAGCAGGUUCUCUGCCAGGAUGCCGCACUGAGCAUGCUCAAAGCGCUGAUCGGAGCCAUGGUGUUGUACGGAGGGGGGGGGCAGGCGUGCAGCGGUGAGAACUGCUCCGCCAGCAACGAGUCUAAAGACUACUGCUACUCCGCCCGGAUACGAAGCACCGUGCUGCAGGGGCUGCCCUUCGGGGGGGUUCCCACUGUGCUCGCCCUCGACUUCAUGUGCUUCCUGGUGCUGCUCUUCGUGUUUUCCAUCCUGCGUAAGGUUGCGUGGGAUUACGGCCGCCUGGCGCUGGUCACUGACGCCGACAGACUGAAGCAUCGGUGCAGCCGCGAGGACGAGCGGGAAUACGUUGCCUCGGCGAUGCACUCGGAGACGCCGGACCGAUAUGAACGCCUCACAUCCGUCUCCAGCUCGGUGGACUUCGACCAGAGAGACAACGGGUUCUGCUCCUGGCUGACGGCUAUCUUCAGAAUAAAGGAUGAGGAGAUCCGGGAGAAGUGUGGGGAGGACGCAGUGCAUUACCUCUCCUUCCAGCGGCACAUCAUCGGGCUGCUGGUGGUGGUGGGUGUCCUGUCGGUGGGCAUCGUGCUGCCCGUCAACUUCUCCGGAGACCUGCUGGAAAACAACGCCUACAGCUUUGGACGCACGACCAUCGCCAACCUGAAGUCUGGGACGAACUUGCUGUGGCUGCACACCUCGUUCGCCUUCAUGUAUCUGCUGCUGACCGUCUACAGCAUGAGGAGACACACCUCCAAGAUGCACUACAAGGAGGACGACCUGGUGAAGCGCACGUUAUUCAUUAACGGCAUCUCUAAGUACGCCGAGGAGAGUCAGAUCAAGCAGCACUUUGAGCAGGCGUACGAGAACUGUAAGGUGCUGGAGGCUCGGAUCUGCUACAACGUUGCCAAGCUGAUGGCUCUGAACGCAGAGAGGAAGAAGACGGAGCGCAGUAAGAAGUUCUUCACCGACCUGAUGGCUAAGGAACAUGUUCCCACCAUGAUCAACCCGAAACCCUGCGGACAUCUGUGCUGCUGCGCAAUCACUGGCUGCGAGGAGGAGGAGGCGGUGAGCUACUACACCAAGACGGAGGCCAAGCUGAAGGAGGAGUACAGGAAGGAGAAGGAGAAGGUCCACACCAAGCCUCUGGGGAUGGCCUUCGUCACCUUCCAGAACGAGGCCAUGACUGCCAUAAUCUUGAAGGACUUUAACGCCUGUCAGGUCCAGGGCUGCCGCUGCCGCCAGGAGCCGGGGUCCUCUCAGUUCAGCGAGGCGCUCCACGUUCACAACUGGAGCGUUUCCUACGCACCCGACCCGCAGAACGUCCGCUGGGAGCACCUGUCUCUGGGCGGGAUCUCCUGGUGGAUCCGCUGCUUCAUCAUCAACGUCAUCCUCUUCCUGCUGCUCUUCUUCCUCACCACGCCCGCCAUCAUCAUCUCCACCAUGGACAAGUUCAACGUCACCAAGCCGGUCGAGUAUCUCAACAAUCCCAUCGUCACCCAGUUCUUCCCCACCCUGCUGCUGUGGGCCUUCUCCGCCCUGCUGCCCACCAUCGUCUACUACUCCGCCUUCUUCGAGGCUCACUGGACCCGGUCUGGAGAGAACAGGACGACGAUGCACAAGUGUUACACCUUCCUGAUCUUCAUGGUCCUGCUGCUGCCGUCUCUGGGACUCAGCAGCCUGGACGUUUUCUUCCGCUGGCUCUUUGAUAAGAAGUUCCUGGCUGAUGCUAAAGUCAGAUUUGAGUGCGUCUUCCUGCCGGAUAACGGAGCGUUCUUCGUCAACUACGUCAUCGCCUCUGCGUUCAUCGGUAACGCCAUGGACCUGCUGAGGAUCCCCGGGUUACUCAUGUACAUGAUCCGACUCUGCCUCGCCCGCUCCGCCGCCGAUCGCCGCAACGUCAAGAGGCAUCAGGCCUAUGAGUUUCAGUUCGGAGCGGCGUACGCCUGGAUGAUGAACGUCUUCACGGUGGUGAUGGCCUACAGCAUCACCUGCCCCAUCAUCGUGCCCUUUGGUCUGAUGUACAUGCUGCUGAAACACCUGGUGGACCGGUACAACAUGUACUACGCCUACCUGCCCUCCAAACUGGACAAGAAGAUUCACUCUGGAGCCGUCACUCAGGUGGUGGCAGCUCCCAUCCUCUGCCUCUUCUGGCUGCUCUUCUUCUCCACCGUACGCACAGGGUUCGAGACACCCACCUCCAUGUUCACGCUGGUGGUGCUGAUCGUCACCAUCGUCGUCUGUCUGUCUCACGUCUGCUUCGGACACUUCAAGUACCUUAGUGCUCAUAACUACAAGAUCGACACGAAGGAGAACGAUGUAGACGUUGUGGAGAACGGACGUCCGGCUCGCCCCUCUUCCUCGCCCACUACCAAAUCUCAGCGGCAUCAGCAGACCCAGCAGCAGAUCCACAUGCAGCAGCAGAUGUACAUCGCUCAGGUGCUGCAGGACGCCGGAGGCGGCGAGGAGGACCGAGGGUCGUCCCAGGACGAGGAGAUGUUGAACGGCGUGAAUAGCAUCAACGAGGCGGAUUUUCAGUCAGGGGAGGACAGUCUGAUAGCAAACGAGGUCCACCAGUAGCUGCAGGUGGAGCUAGGGGGAGGGGGCGGAGCUAAGUUACACAACAGUUAGAUAAUACACACAUAAACACACUUACUGAUAAACUGACACCAUUAGCUCCACCCCCUCCCAGCUCGAAGACUUGACCCUGACCUGUGACGCCGGCGCCGGGUCGCCACCAUCCAGUCCUGCACGUCCGUGGAACCCUGAUCGAACUGUCUCCACAGGAAGUCACUGUACAUAACCACAAAGCCAAACGUUUUUCUUUUUCAGUUGUUUUUUUUCUUGGAGUGGGGGGCGGGGUUUAACAAUUCGUGCCUGGGCUGGAAUUUGUUCGUUCGCACUUGUGUCUUGACUCCUGAUCCCACCGCAGGUCGCGGGGAAUCGCCCCGUCGAGGGGUCGGCACUAACGCUGUCUCUCUCGGUGGACGCCUCCAACCAAGGCCAUGUCGUCACCACCCUCCUCCCAUAUCGGAGUGCUAAAUAAGUCGCCAACCGCCAGCUCUCGUAGUGGUAGAAGCCUUGCUGACGCAGUCGCCGUCUCCCUCCCUCUCACUGUCUCCCUCUUUCUUUGUGUGGAACCUGCCAGUAUGUUCGACACCCCCGCUGGAAGAUUCUCUGACCUGCUUUCGCUGCAUGUUGUACAAAGUGCUGUUCAUGAUGUCGCCAUCUUUGGACGAUGUCAUCCAUCAGGGGUGUGUGUGUGUGUGUCCCACCGACCAGCACAUCCUCCCACCUGCGGCUUCCCCUCUGCUGGACUGCUCCUGGACCGCUGGAAGCACCUGAUGAUGGAAUAACUUCCGGAAAAUGUUCUGAACCUUGCACUUCGGAAGCUGAAGGGCUAUUUGUUUCAGUCGGACAUUAACAGGAAGUGUACCCUGACAUUUCUGAGAUCAAAUCUGUGAAAUGUUCUCCACAGUCAUGGUCGUCUCAGUCGGAACCGAAGUGCAUGUUUAAAACAUUUCCAGACAUUUGUACAUCAUUGGGUGCUUCCCCACCGAAAGACUGGACUCAACCUCUUCUGGUUUUGACUUCAGCCGGACCACCAUAAAGGACCACCUUAAACCGUGCAUACUGACAAAGGGAGCGGGGUGUUUGUGUCGGUGCAGGUUUAGCAAUCAAAAUUAUUUUCAUCAGCGGGAGAACUUUGUGAAGUCGAGUAGCUGGAGCUCGUGGAGACGCAGAAGAGCAGCGCUUUUCGGCCGGACGUCUACCCACAAAGCCUGGAGCAGCCAGGACUCACGGGAAAAAUUGUGUGUGUGUGUGUGUGUGUGUGUGUGUGUGUGUGUGUGUGUGUGUGUGUGUGUGUGUGUGUGUGUGUGUGUGUGUGUGUGUGUGUGUGUGUGUGUGUGUGUGUGUGUGUGUGUGUGUGUGUGUGUGUGUGUGUGUGUGUGACUUUAUUGUACACCACCCUGCACCAUGAAGGGUUAAUAGCAUCACCAGGUAACCACAACACCACCUCUGUCUCUGUAGAGUUGUUAGCUAAGUGUCCGUGUUGACAGAACACUCUCACUUCCUCUCAAACGUUUUACUGCAGCAGCUCCAGCCGGAACCGUUGUUUCAGAUAUGUGUGUCCACGACGUAGACGGGUCCCAGGACGUGUUGAUCUUAGGUUAGCACAAACACUAAGAAAACACAUCUUAUAUCUUAGUAUCCGUCACUCAAACUUUAGUUGUUUGACACCCAAAUAUCAGCUUGGUUAGCAGUAACAUCCUGGUCCUGAUCGAGUUUGUCUCUAGUGUCUUCAUUCGCAUGUGAACUGUAGUUAGCAACCCAGCUACAUCACCAGCUCAUCCUGUAGUUAACUCAGAAGUAAAUACCAGCAAGGGAAGGGGGGUGUUGGACCUUGUAACUAGCACGUUCUUGGCUAGCUAGCAUGCUAUCAUUUAGCUGGGCAUUUCGCCCAGCCUCAAAGAGGGAAGAUCGUUCAUGAGGACCUGGUCUUUUUUAGGAAGACGAUUAUUUUCUGACAGCUAUGCUAAGCUGGUAGUUCGUCCUCCAUACCUGUCUUUGUGCUAAGCCAAACACAUCCUUAAGGUUUUUGUCACCUUGUAAAGGUCUUCAGCUGCAGCUCUGGGAGCAGAAAGCAUUCGGGAUGGGAUCAUGCCUCACUUUCCUAUGAUUUCAACGGAGCCCUCUCAUUGGAGGGUUUUGAACCCAUCUCUUAAACGCUUUAUAUCUAAUGUUCUGCGACUCUGGGCCUAUGAAUGGAACAAGGGUAAAAGCUGGAAUUUGGUAUUGUGAUGCAGCAGUGUUGCAUCAUGGGAGUUGUAGUCUUCUUCUGAACCUUUUUUUCAAGUUUACAGGUUUCCAUUUUAAGUUAUGUGAGCUUUAGGAUAUUUUGACUCUGAGCCGUCCCCUAGUCUACACACUUUAAUUUACCCAAGCCCACACAAAAUACACAGACAGGAAGUCGACCAGGCUUGCAUCAUCAGGAAGUGAGAACCCUUUCAAAAUAAAAUCACAAAACUUUCAGUGCAGUGACGUGACGACGAAGAAUAGUCUCAGGUGUUUGUUUUCUGAAAAUAAUGUUUACAUCGUGUGUGUGUGUGUGUGUGUGUGUGUGUGUGUGUGUGUGUGUGUGUGUGUGUGUGUGUGUGUGUGUGUGUGUGUGUGUGUGUGUGUGUGUGUGUGUGUGUGUGUGUGUGUGUGUGUGUGUGUGUGUGUGUGUGUGUGUGUGUGUGUGUGUGUGUGUGUGUGGAGACACAGACCUGGACUAUGAAGGCUGCAGGACGUCUGUGGCUCGGGGUUCCUGCACGCCGGAGAACCUGCAGCGUCUGUGUCCGAUGUUUUUAUUUCCCUGUGUUCAGAUGUAGUUCCCCUUCACCUCCAGCGGGGCGGCGGCGGGGCUCCGGACGUGAUUGUAUGCACAUGAAACUGACGCAGAGAUGAAAGUGUGUCUGAGGUUCAGCAGCUCUCAGCCGACGACGGGAAGACUAAAUGAUGUGAAGGUUUUGGCUAGCUCGCCAUGCUAACCUGACCCCUUUGUUAUUGUACAUUCAAGAAGAGCAAAUGAACCCCUGGUCGUCCAAUCUGACACAGCCUUUAAAGGUUAUUAAGUUCUAAUCAAACGUUUUCCAACAGACUUCAGCCAGAAAAGGCUGAAAAUAAACGUGUGUGAAGCGACAGGGGGGGGUCAGGACUCAGAUCAGAUUCAGACGUUUUUUUCUCAGUUUAAAGUAAAUUAUUUUGACAUUUGGAAUUUAAUCUGAACUUUCCGACCUAAACAGGUUGUUUCUUCUGCCUGUCCUAAUACUCUGCACGGCUGUUCCCCGCGGGGUUUGUUAUUUGAAGAGUCAGGUUGACCCGAUACUUGGAACAUGUUUUGAGGUGAAGGUCUUGCCGCCUGACGGCUGAGAGCUGCUGCAUUCACUGACCCCUCGGCGUCGUGGGAACUGACGACGCUUGUAUAAAGAGCCGUUUGUGUGGUAUUUUUGUAACCUGCCGACUGGAGUCUUUGAUACCGAAGGUGAAAUGUGGAUAGCUGUGACGAUGCUGUUGUAACCUGUAACUACGGUUUUUAAUAUUCAGCCGCUGCUUUUUGCUUUCUUAGUUUUUUAAAUUGUUGCUGAAAUUGUGAAAAAGACGAAUGUGAAGACGACAGACGGAAAUGAAACUCCGGCUGCAGAAACAGCGUGUGUAAAUAGCCAUCAACACAUCUCACCGACUCCCAGCUGACAUCGGUUAAUUUAUUGCUGUGACGAUAUUUAUUUUGACUCCAGGUUGUGAACUAUUUAUGUUACUUGAUCAAUAAAAUUGGCUUUCAUCUG